CCUGCGAAGUUAAGCGUUUCCGGAUAUCUAUUGUGGAUGCUCGGUAUUUAUACCGUGUCGACUUCAGGUUAUUGUAGCGACCUGCAGUGUUUACUACUUUGCAGUUCCGGUGACCGCCCGAGCAGCAGCAACAUGUCUCAGGCUAGAGUAACCGACUUCUUCUCCCAGAGAAAGAAAGGGAUCGCCGCGACUGCGAAAGCAGCCAAGCCGAGCAGGAGCACUCAUGUCGGCCGUGACUCUACUGGGAUCACUUCCAAUGUUCCCAGGACUCGGUCACUACAAAACAAAGGCGCUUUAUGUCUGUCCUCCUCAGUCCAUGAAGAGUUUGUCCGAAUGAUCGACGAGGCAGCAGAACUAGACCAUGGACCCUGUGUCGGUAACCCUGCAAAAGAUUCCCCCUCCAGCCCCCGGACACCGAAGCGGACCUCGGCCGACACAGGAUUUGAUCUCGGGUCUGCGGUGUUCUCAUCCACCUCCAACCACAGCACCGCUAAGAAGAGACGGCAGGCGGAGGUUGAUAGAGAGGCUAAAGCUACCGUUCAGAAAGCUCCGAAGAGGAAGGCCAGGAAGAAACUAGUCCUCCCUCAAGACUCCCCUCAGGCUGCAGCCCAGCCCAGUGAGGAGACCCAGCAGCUCUCAGCCCGACCAGCCCCUGUGUCAGGACGCAACGCAGAGAAACACCUUAUCCUCCAGGCCCCUCCACAGAGGAGUCCAGUCCACAGCAGGAGCACUGGAGGACAGGCUUCCAAGGCUCUGGGUAAAGAGGACCUUGCCGCCCUCAAGUUUCGUCUUCAGAGGAUCACGAAACACGCAGAGAAAAUCAGCAGCCCUGCUUCAGCCUCCACACCACCCUCUCCAGCUGCUGCCGCUGCUCCCACCAGCACCCCCACACCUGCCACCUCUGAUGCCAAGACCCUCAACUCAACUAUAGCACAGGCUAAAGAGCUAGCCUCUAAAGCUCAGCGUAGGAAAGCUGAGAGAGAGGCCAAGGAGAGCAACCUGAGUGAGACACAAACCCAGGACAGUGCUGAGCAGCCAGCCUACCAGCGGUACCACAACCUCGCCCAGACUGCCCUCCCGGGGUUAUCACUGCCAUACCAGUACAAGGUGCUGGCUGAUAUGUUCAGGAGCAUGGACACUGUGGUCGCAAUGCUGUACAACCGCUGUGAGACAACCACCUUCGCCAAGAUCAAACAUGGAGUUCAGGACAUGGUGCACAAGCGCUUUGAGGAGAGCCACGUUGGUCAGAUCAAGACGGUGUUUCCUGAGGCCUACACGUUCAGACAGGAGAACAACAUCCCAACCUUCACCAGCGGCAUUAAGAAGGGCAGCUACCAGCUCACCGUGGAGCCCGUCGUCCCCUCCGACCUGAAUGAAGCGCGCCCUGUCCUCUCAGCCACUCGCCUCCUGGAGAGGAGACGCAUCUUCCACCACAACCUGGUCUCCAUCGUCAAACGGCACCACAAGGACUUUCUUUCCUCGUUGGUUCCUGUGGUGAUGGUUCCAGAGGACAAACUGACCCGCUGGCACCCCCGCUUCAAUGUGGACACUGUUCCCAUCAUCUCCACCAGCUCGCUGCCUCAGCCCCCCCACACCGAGAGACUGUCCACCGCUCAGGAGGUGCUGGACAAGGCCCGCGCCCUCAUCACACCCAAGAUGGAGAAGGCUCUGGUCUCUCUGGCUCUGAAGACUGAAGAGAAUAAAGAGCCAACACCCCCAGAGAACCAAACAACCCCCCCAACCCCAGCUCCAUCAGAAGCUCAAGCCCCAACUGCCCUGAAAGGAGUGUCCCAGUCCCUGCUCGAGAGGAUUCGGGCGAAGGAGGCCCAGAAGCUCCAGGCAGCCAUGACAAGAAACCCCGUCCAGGAGGAGCGCCUGCUAAUGAUGUCACGGCUUCCCGAGCUGGCCAGGAUUCUCCGGAACGUCUUUGUCGCGGAGAAGAAACCAGCUUUGAUAAUGGAGGUGGCCUGUAACAAGAUGGUGGCCAGCUUCAGAUCUGCCCUCAGCUCAGGUGAGAUGGAGAAGCACAUCCGUCUGCUGGCAGAAGUGGCCAGUGAUUGGCUGAAAGUUCAUCCUAUCAGGAAGGACUCUUACCUGAAGUUGAACAAGAACAUGGAGAUCAACAUCGUCCUGGACAAACUGAGCAGCCGACUGCGAGAGGAGGAGAGGACCUGAGACACAGAGGACAGAAUAAUGACUGAUUAAACGAGUGAUGUGGUGACCUCUGGGACCCCGCUCAGGUCGCUACUAAAGGACCUGUAAACUGAAGACUAGCUCCCUUCUGAAGGACUUCUCUGAAUAACACUGGUUUGUGAACGGACGGAACAUGUCUGAUGUUCUGUGGAGUCAUCGUCUCUCAGCUCCAGGAGAUCCUGGAUCUCCGGUCCUGGUAUUCCCACCUUCCCCGUGUGUUUUAAAAGAAAAGGUUGUUUUAACCCAUAUGACGAUUUGCUUUGUUUUGUUUCAACCAUGAACCUGUUGUGUUGCUGUUCCAGUCUUUUUCUAGCUCUAUUUUCUACAAUGUAGAACUGAUGAAAGUUUACAUUUAAAAAAAGUCACUAAAUACAAGAUGUGUCAGAAUAUCGUGCCUUUUUCUGUGAACUCAGUUAAUUAAACAUGACAAUGGUAAAGCAAAGGUGACUUUUUACUUCUUUUUUUUUUAAAUAGUUCCACUUGUAUAAAAUGCUCAUGCUACCUCUAAUUUUAUUCCCAAUCAUUAGGGACAUCCAGAAAGACGUACUGCGUUCAGACAUGAUUUCUCUGUUCUCUAUGAUACAUGACCUAUGUGCACAUAAGCUGACCUAAACUUGAAAAGAAUAAACGAGGACUUCCUGCGGUUGUA